GAUAGCCAAAAACCAAAAAAAGAAGCACUUUUAGUUGAAACCUCUAGAAAAAAAACCCCCGUUAAAAUAGUCUUUUUCCCUUCUUUAGAAGUAUUAUUUAUCGAUUCGAUUCGUUAUUUUCUCUUUCUCUUCAUUUCUUUUAACGACUCUUUUCUGAUUUGUUUGAAAAAGAAAUAGAAAAGCUUCCGCUUGUAAUAAAAAGGAAAACGCAAGGAUCUUUUUUGUAUAUACAUUUCUUUUCCUCUUUUCUUUUUUGCCUUGUCUUGUCUUAAAAAUUCUCUCGGUUUGAUUUAGCGUCCUUUUGAUUUUUUUAUUCAUCUUUCUUUUCCCUUCUCUCCUUUUUUUUAUUUUAUUUUAUUUUAAAAAAGCUAUCUAUUCAGUUAUCCAUCUUGCUUCAUUUUCGAAUUUACCUCCUUCUUCCCUCCCUGAGUAUCUUGAUUUAAACAGUUCAUUUCUCACUGUUUUCCUCUAGAGUCGCUUUUACUUUAUUAUGUUUGGGUUUUUUCGUAAAAGAUCAACCCAAUUAGUUUUGGGUGCUACAGCUCUUGCUGGUGGUGCUUACACAGUUGCGGUGUUUUCUAAAUCGCCAAAUAACAAUGCUGAAUACAACAAGGCAUUCUAUAAACCAUUCCGAAAAGAAUUGGAACCUCCACCAUCUCGUGAAUCCCUUCUAAAUCGUAUCAAGUCAACUCCAAAAUAUGAUGUUUUGAUUAUUGGAGGCGGUGCCACUGGUACCGGUGUUGCUGUUGAUGCUGCUACUCGUGGUCUCAAUGUUUGCUUAUUGGAAAAAACUGACUUUGCUGCUGAAACUUCUUCGAAAUCUACGAAAAUGGCCCAUGGUGGUGUACGAUACUUGGAAAAGGCUAUCUUUAAGCUUUCAAAAGCCCAAUUGGACUUGGUAAUUGAAGCCCUUAAUGAACGUGCAAACAUGCUUCGUACUGCUCCCCAUCUUUGUUCUGUAUUACCUAUUAUGAUCCCUGUCUACGAAUGGUGGAAGAUCCCUUAUUACUAUGCUGGAUGCAAGUUGUAUGACUGGUUUGCUGGUUCUCAGAAUUUGCGUGCUUCUACCGUGUUUUCCCGUGAAAUGACAACUGCAAUUGCUCCUAUGCUUAACGACUCGGAACUCAAGGCUUCUUGCGUUUAUCAUGACGGUUCUUUUAACGAUGCAAGAAUGAACACAACCCUUGCUAUUACCGCUGUCGAUCAUGGUGCUACUGUCUUGAAUUACAUGGAAGUAAAACAAUUAAUCAAGUCUCCCGAAAACAAGGUCCUUGGUGCCAUUGCCGUGGAUCGUGAAAGCGGUGUGGAAUAUGAAAUCAAGGCUACUGCCACUGUGAAUGCUACUGGACCCUAUGCUGAUAAGAUAUUGGAGAUGGAUGAAGAUCCAAAUGGAAAGCCUCCCAAGACUCCCCAAUUUCCUCGUAUGGUCGUUCCAUCCUCUGGUGUUCACGUUGUUUUGCCCGAAUAUUACUGCCCUAGAGAUACAGGUUUACUUGAUCCAUCUACCAAAGAUGGCCGUGUUAUGUUUUUCCUCCCUUGGCAAGGUAAAGUUUUAGCUGGUACUACUGAUAACCCACUCAAGGAAGCUGUUUCCAACCCAGCUCCUUCAGAAGAAGAUAUUCAAGACAUUUUGAAUGAGUUACAAAACUACAUUACUUUCCCCGUGCAGAGAGAUGAUGUAUUAUCUGCUUGGAGUGGAAUCCGUCCUUUGGUUCGUGACCCUUCAACUGUUCCCAAAGGCCUUGACCCAAGCACCUCCAGUACCCAAGGUUUGGUACGCUCUCACUUGAUCUACACAACUGAAACAGGACUUGUAACCAUCAGUGGUGGUAAAUGGACUACUUACAGAGAAAUGGCCGAAGAGACAGUUGACAAAUUGCUCAAGGACUUUGACUUUGGUAGGACCUUGAAGCCAUGCCAGACGAAACAUCUUAUUUUAGUUGGUGGUGAGGAUUACACCAAGAACUAUUCUGCCAAGUUGAUGCACACUUAUCAUAUUCCACUCACAUUAGCCAAACAUCUUUCCCAUAACUAUGGUACCCGUUCUCCUCUAAUUUUGGAAUUGUACGUAAAAUCAGAUAUCAAUAAGUUACCUGUUGUCCUUGCAGGCAACAAGAGUUUUACUCCUUCUAAAGAUUCCGUUACAAAGAACAAUGAGUUAUCUUAUGCUUCAUUUGAUGAGCCUUUUACUGUUGCUGAAUUGAAGUAUAGUUUGCUUUACGAGUACACGAGAACCCCCGCCGAUUUUAUUGCUAGAAGAUCAAGACUUGCGUUCUUGAAUGCUAGAGAAGCAUUAAGAGCUGUUGACGGUGUAACUACAAUUAUGAAAGAAGAACUUGGUUGGGAUAAUUCCACUGCUCAACGCAUGAGAGAAGAAGCGAGAGGAUACAUCGCCAAGAUGGGUCUACCUCCCAACUCUGAAGAUUCCUUAGUCCCCAACUCUAAUAUUGAACUUCUAGCCGGUGCUGUUUAAUGCUUGUUGUCAAGUUAAGUUUUUGAUUUGUGAAAAGAAAACCCGCGUUUAUGGUUCUUUCGCUUUUCUAUUUUUGCUCUUGUAUUUUUCUAUUCUGCUUUUUUCCUUUUUUAUUUUACGAUUAAUGCUUGCUAUGAUAUGCAUCAUUUGCAAUAGUAAUGAAUUAUAUUUUUGAAAAUCUAUAUGCUGAUUACUUAGCAUCUAGUUAGUAUAUGUAGUGACGGUGAAGCAAUAGGAACCCAAAGGAGAUGGCAAUUGAAGAUUUCUUCAAAAUAGUGUAAAGACCUAUAAGCUAGGAAUGAUGAUGGUUCAUAGUGGAUCCAA